UAUUGCAUGUCAAAGGCACGUAAUCUUGGUUCCCCUACUAAUAUCCCGAGUCGUCGUGGCGGACUAACGACCGCUGCGUUCUCCUCGUGUCUGCUGCACUCCGUGUCUGCUGUUUUCCCGUGUCUGCUGUUCACUCCUGCAUCGUGGGGAUUGACGACCGCUGCUGCUCACUCUGUGUCUGCUGUCACUCUGUGUCUGCUGCACUCCCUGCCUUCUCAACCUGCCCUUCUACCUGUGUAUUUUGCUAAUUUGCUUCCUACUCAAACUAGAUAAUGUCAGGUCAGGGAUAAUCCUCCAAUGCUCAGCCCAGAGCCAUCAGUGCUGCCGCCGCCACCAUCCGCGACACCCCAAGACAAUCGUGCUUUGCCGGCUGCCGGCCUGACAACGCCCACUUUCUUUCACCCCGAGAACCCUCGUCGUCAAUCCGCACAUCACCCACUUGUACCAGAACAAACUCGACAACGUCACCCACUUGUACCAGAACAACGUCGACAACGUUACUCACUUUAUGUCUACAAUAAGAGGAACGUUACCACUUUCUGUUACAAUAAGAAGAACGUUACCACUUUCUGUCACAGUAGUAACAACGUUACCACUUUCUGUUACAAUCAUAACAACGCCACCCUUUCUUUCACCUUGACAGCUACGUCUCAACGUCACAUCAGACAUCAGAAUGGAGUCUCUCCAGCAACAUCGUGUCGCUUCCGAAGCAGAGCAGGAUCGUGUCGCUUCAGAAGUGGAGCACCAUCAGGAGCACCAUGUCGCAUUGGGCGCUGUGCCCGCCACCCCCCAUAGCUAUUCCAUUGCCAUGGCCUACAUUCCUAGCUUGCCCAGCGUAUUCCCCAUUCUAGACGACGAAGCCGGCACGUCCAUCUCGGUC